ACCUUGAAAGGUCAGUCAUGCGCGUCAACUCGCGGCCAUUUUCGAAACAAGGUGACAGCACAUAACAGCACGCUGAUACUCUUGUUUGGAUUACGUUAAGACAGGAAGGAACCACCAGGCGACAUGUCACUACCUCCGGAGAAAAUAUCAGAAUUGAAACAAAUAAUCCAUUCCCAGCUUUCACAGAUGGACAUUCAGUCUCGGAUUCGAGACAUUUUAUCAGAGACUAUUCAUGACGAGUUCCAAGGUCGAUCUGACCAUGUGAGUGAGCAAGACUUGAUGCAGAAACUGAGACAGAAGGGUGUUGUUGAUGACAUCCUGCACCAGCUACAUUUUGACGGCAACUCAGCCAUAGGUCCUCCUGCCUCCCACUUCAUGGACAGAGAUAGUCAUGCCACACAACAUACUGCUUCAAAACGAGCCAACUUGGACCCAAGCCGGCGCUAUCUUCACCUGCAUGUGUACGGCGGCAAGGCCUUUCUGGAACAUCUCCAGGAUGAUGACCCUCUUCCAGGUCAGAAAGUCAGCGCCUACUUCUGUCUCCAUGUCUACUUCAGGGGUCAGAGGUUCAAGUCCCGGCCUGUUGCCUGUGCCUGUGAGCCUCAGUUCGACGAGAUGUUCCUGCUGGAACUCCAUAAAGAUACAGCAGGAGAUGCUGGUCGGAUGGCAGAUCCAGCAGGCAUGUUGUCCCUCUCGGACCCGGUCCACAUGGUCCUGGUGAAGACAGACGCAACAGGGGACACAACUCUUGUAUCGUCUCAUUUCUUUGAAUGGCGGCCAGUGUUGACAGCAUCACAGUCAAACAUGAAAAUCUCCGUAGAACUCAAAGGAAUAGGCAAUGAGAGCAAGGUACCAGUAGGUAUCCUGGAGGUCCAGAUGGAGCUGUAUCCCAGAUCCCAGCAGGUGAUGGACGAGCGUGUUGUGCGGGCACAGCUGGACCUCGAGCGGUCUCGACAGGCGGAAAAGGAGAGGUUGUUUCUUGUCUAUGCCAAACAAUGGUGGAAGGAGUUCCUCCAGAUCAGAGAAGCUCACAAGGAUAGACUUGUCAAGAUAUUUGCUCAGGAUGAGAAUGGGACCAACAGGCCGGUGUGCUCCUAUGUGAAGCCCCUGCGUGCUGGUCGACUGCUGGACACCCCCAGACAGGCUGCCCGCCUUGUCAGUCUGAUCCACAACGAGAAGGUGCCGACUCUGGGAGGGGGAGAUAAGCGGGAGCAGUGGACCAACAUGCACGCCUUCCUGUGUAGAAACAAAGGGGACUGCGAGGAUCAUGCAGUGUUACUGUGCAGCCUACUGAUGGGCUUCGGACUCGAUGCCUAUGUGUGCGUGGGCACCAAGGCCAAGGGGUCUGUACAUGCCUGGGUCAUGACCAUCACAACAGAUGGCGUCAUCACCUUCUGGGAGAGUCUCAAUGGCCACAGGUAUAUACACGAAGCAGUGGACCCCGACGGUCCUCCCAUGUCCAAACAGUCCCGCCCAGCAUACCCCUACAAGACUAUAGGCUGUGUCUUCAACCACCAGAGCUUCUUUGCCAAUUCUCAGGUGACAGACAAUGUAGAGACUUGUCGCUUCGACCUGACAGAUGAGUCCCGGUGGAAGUCAAUGGCAGGUGAUGCUGUCAUGUCUGUAUGUGGGCCAGGGGCGUGUCCCACCUGGCCGACCCCGCCCCCUCUAUGUGCCUCCACCCUAGACCCCAGCAUCCUCAGCAAUGACUUGGAGCAGCAGCUACGUGUCCUGGUGAUGGAACACAGGAGGGACCAGGGUCUGACCACAUCCUGGGAUGACCAGUUGAGCUACCUGCUGACACCGGCCCUGGCAGCUUACGAGUUGGAAAGAGUCACAGGACUGACCGCAGGCAACGAAGACUUCCAGGAUGCUGUGAGGCACUGUGUGCCAGACGGCCAUACCUUCAAGGGCUACCCUAUACAGUUCACACACCGCAAUGCCCGCAAGGUGUUCGCUACAUGCCUCAAAGCAUCACGAUGUGAGGAGAUCAUCAACUGCCGCGGCGACCAGGUCCGCCUAGGGCUGCGAGUCCGAGUCUUCCCCUACCCCGAGGCUGCAUGUGCGACGUGGCUGAUGUUUGCAUGUAAAUACAAGUCUGUACUAUAGACUGCCAGCUCAACAACAGGUGCUAUAUCCAGGUCACAGUGUUCUGUAGUCAAGAAAUACUUCAACAUGGUGGAUUAUAUGUGUGCAUGCUUUUGAGAUGUCUGUGUUUGAUGCUUACUGAACUGUUUGUGACAUAUAUACACAUGGUAUAUAUGAAGUGGGCCACAGGUGAUAUGAGGUUGGUUUUGCACAGCAGGCGCUUAGAGUAACAGGAGAAAAGUAAUACGACUAAUAAUAAAUAUCACUUACUCCAUGGUCUUCAAGGUGAAAGUGUAAGGAUGUGGGUGGUAAUCUAGUUGUUAAUGUUCCUUCAUAUCCCACCGAGAACCCAGUUAAUUGGUGCAUUGUUUGAAGUCCAUUUGUGUUGUGCUUCAUGAUGGUGGGAGAACAUCAAUCCUCACAUGUACAGAGUGUUUAACUCUCUCAGAUAGACAAUACAAAGACAAUGUGGACACAGUUCUAAUUGACAAUGUAACCAUUAUUCAAUUCUCCUUCUUUAUACAGUGCUAUAAGAGCAGGAUGCUGAUUGCAUGGAAAUAGUUGCAUGUUCCAGUUAAAAAAAAGGUCAAAAUUAAAACAUAUAUGUUGAACCCCACUACUAAAUACACAUGUACUAAGUUUCAUUACAUUUUGUAAAAAGUAUCGUCACGAUAUGGCUGAAAUAUUGCCGAUGUGAUGUAAAGCAUAAACUCACUCACUCACUAUAAAAAGUAAUUCCUAGGCAGUUGCCAUAAAAUUCUUGUUUGAUAUGGCUGUCAUGGCAGCCAUAUUGAAAAUCAGAUUUGAUUUUCUUAAACAAAUUGGAGUGUCAUCAUUGAUGGAAACAAGUAUGUGAAGCUUCAUCCUCGUUUGUGCAGUGAGGAUGUUUGACAGACGACGCAUUGCAGACGCUGGACAAACAGCACUUGACAUCAGCUUACUUUACAUGUCAGGUGAGCUAAAAAUCCAAAUUUUGAAAAUAAUGAUUAUCUGGACCAAUUUUUCUUUUGUUGGCAAUCCCAGAUAAAUCCAUGAUUCAUGUGGUCAAACCAACUCCAGGAUGUGCUGAAGUGACUGAAUGUUCAGAUAGAAGAUGCCUCUUCUUUGUAUCGUCAAUACUUAACGUAUCAGUAUCAUAUUUCUUUGUCAUAAUCUUAGUACAUGAAUAUUUGCUCAUAGUGAGACACAAUGACAUAUCUUUACCUGUUUUCGUAAGAUCUCUCUUUCCUUACUGAGCACACUUUGACCAGUCCUCAGGUGAAACAGGCAUUCCAUUUAGGUAUACUCAGAUGCCAAGCCCAAGAUAGAAACAACUGGUUCUCCAGCAAUAAUUAUAAAAAUUAAGUAUUAUUGUUUCAUUUUAAUUAGAUUUUUGAUGCUCAGGUAUUUUAUUGAUGUGGGACUUUAAAAGAUCUUUCUUAGACUUCCAUACAUGUCAAUAGGACACUUGACAGAGUAGACACAAUUUAUGGACAAAAACUUCUUUUAAAUUGUAAAGGCAACAUUUUGGUCUUGCUUGACAACGGUAUUAGGGUCUAUACCGAAACGUUGCCUUUACAUUAUCAGUGUUCCCGUUUACCGGUAAUUACCAGUUUUUGUACCGGUAAAAUUAGGCUUGGACCGGUAUUUCAUUUGACUGCCAGUCCCUGUGGACCAAUAAAUAAAGUACCUAAUAAAUCCUUGUUGUUGAACAAAUCAUCUGUAAUAUUCAUAAAAGCAGCUUGUCUGUUACCAUCAGGGUUUCCCCUUGUCUAUUUCUAGGUUAAAUAUUCAUGUUAGCGAGUUCGCAUCGAAAUAUUUUUUAAAAAAAGAGAGAAAAUUGUGACUGAAGCUUGAGUGAAUGACUUAUAGAUCUAACUAAGUUACAUCAGAGAUGGCAUCUUUGCACUGAACAGGAUGUUGAACGAAUUAAAGCCAAAUAAUUUUCAUACGUUUUUUUAUUUGUUGAAAUAAAAUGGUGGGGACUGGUAAUUUUUAGAGUUGCCAGUCCACAAGGACUGGCAGUUUCAAAAGCCAGCGGGAACACUGAGUAUUAAAGAAGUUGUUAUCCAUAAAUUGUGUCUACUUUGUCAUCUGUCAACUUCUAAGUAAUGCCUUUCAAACAAAACAUGACACUUGUUUGCAACUACAUUUCUGGCUACUUCUUGCCACUUCAUCAGGCAACGAUUAUCCCUGAAAUGUUGUUAUAAAACAAGGAGGUUAUAUAAAAAUGUCACGUCUUCAUGUUCUUGCAACUUCUAAAUACAUACCAAAGACUUUCUAUUCUUGUCGAAUGGAUGUUGAUGCAUUUACAACAUGGUACGCUGGUACAUGAAUGUUCUGUUUUAGAAGGCAGCUUUCUGUAACAUAUUCUUGCUGAGAACUUUAAAUUACUAAUCCUCUGUUAAAAAUUAGAAUUAAUUUGGUUUUUAAAAGUAUUUGGAGGCAACAACUCGUAUAUUAGGAACAUAUUGAUCUAUUUAGAGGUGGCCUCUGUCAGUACCCUCACUGAGGGAUUAGGAAUCUUAUACAGUUUUAGCACUACUUGCUACAUGCCAGGGAAAGUCUGGAGAACUGGUCCCAAGCGAUCUAUGCCAGAUCUUAAUGAAUCGGGUGCUCAGUCUCGUGGACUUGGUGGACAGCAUGUCAUCGUACCCCGGCAGCAUGGAAUGUUGCUCACAAUGUCAAUCACUGGUUUUCUGGUCCAGGCUUGAUUAUUUACAGGCUGCCGUUAUAUAGCUGGAAUACGGCUGACUGCGGUGUUAAACAACAAACACACACACAUACUUCCUACAUGUAUCAUAUCAGACUGGUUUUAUUCAACAUAUUCAUUGUGUUCUGGAAACUAAUUUGGAUGUUCCUUUGUUACACCAGGGAUGUCAAUACCAGCCAAACUAAAACUGAUAGCAAAAUAAUGUUAUUACUUGAUAUAAGAACUUUCAGACUGCUUAUUACAUAUGAUUAUUCCACUUGUUAGAUAUACAAUUCAUAAGUAAUAGCGACGACAAAAUGGCAACCGUAAGUGUAUGUUGAACUGUGUAUGCAAGUCACAUAUGCUUCCAUCUUGUUUCAGAAUCUAUUUGUGUUCAUUUACAUGUUUGUGUGAUAUUUCCAAAAAAGAAGCAGUUGUCUUGUGGCUGACUUCUAUCUUGUCUGUUUUCAGUAGAUGUCAAAUAUGGUACUUAUAUUUUACUCCAGUAUCAUGUAUUGCAUCCAUUUUUCUCUGUUAACACGUCUUUAUAUAUAUAUAUCUGUCUGUCUGUCUGUCUGUCUGUCAGACUUUCUGUGUAAUGGAGAGGGGCAUUCCACUCUUAAGCUAUCAAUAUUGCUAACUAUCAGACCUAUUCAGAAUCGGGGGCACGGGUGGCCCAGUCGUCUAAGGCGCCGCAAUUCAAUGUGCAGAGUCGCAACCGUUGGGCAUGCCAGAAACCUAUGAUUGUGGGUUCGAAUCCCGGUUCACCCCGAUUAUGUUUCUAGGUUUGUCAGCACCAUACCCGUGCUCGUGGUUUCAACGAAGUGGUAAACGUCAGGGACCUGCAUCACUUCGGGCCUUCCUCCCACAUUAUGCUGACACGCCGCGAUAUAACUGGAAUACUGUUAAAAGCGGCGUUAAACCCAAUUCACUCACUCACUCUAUUCAGAAUCUUUGAAUUUCAUUAAUUACUCCAUAUCCCGUUACCUUGGUUACGAAACGAGACAUUUUGUCAAAUCAUGUGAUUGACACUGCCCUCGAAUAUUUAACUUGUCACAUGAUCAAUUUUGACUUGUCACAUGAUCAAUAUUUCUUCAUCUGCUAGAAAACUGUACGAUGUCUGCGAGUGGCAAAACACAGUUUGAUGAUCUCGAUCAAAUGCUAGAUAAGAGGGACAAGAAUGAUUAAAUAUGAAUAAAUUUCGGUAUAAUGAAACAAUUGAUUACUCUUGGCAAGGUCAUUAUGUGAAAACAAUACCCAACCUGUCUUGAUUCUUGUUUUUCAAGUCAAUCAUUUUCCUUCACAAGCUGCAAAUCUAGAAGUUUGUACAUGUCAUACAUUUCAGUGAUAUGGCUGCAAGUAUUAUAUGACAAGUGAGGAUUAGAUGAUCAUUUGACAUGGAGCCUUUUCAACAGUUACCAUGGUUACGAACAGUUUGAAAAUAUUUCUUGGAUGUUUAAAUUUAAAGAUAACUUACAUUUGUGAGUUGAGCAAAAUUAUUGUUGGUCGCAGACUAAGUUAUAUCCCAGUUUGACAAAACAAAUAAGCUGUUUAUCUCUGACAAUAUGAGCAGGAAACACUAUAUUUUUGUGCUCUGGUUAUGAUUGAAAAUGUUUAACCUUUUUUUAUGGAAAGAAACUGAUCAGUCUGCAGUCCCACCAUAAUCAAGCAAGAUUUAUUACAUUAGCUCAAUCUUUGUUCAAGUCGUAACUUCUUUAGUGGCCAAAGUUUUGUUUGUAAUUAAUGGAUUUUGGUUCUGCCAGGGUCUAUGGUUUUGUUCUGUAAUAUUAUAGUUUGUAGAUAGUCAAGAAAAGAAAUGUCCAUUUAAUCAUAUCAUGCAUAACAGCAUUUAUUUGCUUCCACUCAAAAUAUACAUAGAGGGCAGAACUAUUACAACAAAUAAACGUGAUAUAUUCAUAAUUUAUACUGGUGAAGAAAGAUACCAACCCAGAAUGUUGUUACUUAUAUUUUUGUUUGUUUUCUUGAGUUUUUUUCUACAUAAUAGUGACAAAUGUUUGGAGAUUGAAAACCACCUACAUCAGCUGUGAUAAUGAUGAUGAUCAAUCUCAUUAAAAUCAGACCUCAGUUCUCGCUACGGCUAAACAAAGAUCUGAGGACAUCCCAUUAGGGGUCACGUCAAAACGACCUUUCAUCCGACCAGUCAGAGUGCCGCUUACCAGAUCAUGAAAGUGACAGUUGGAAUGUGAUUUCUAAUCAUACAACCUCAAAAACUUUAACUCCGAACGGUAGUUACAGGUUUAACGACUGAAUCCAUACACUGUAGACCAUCUAUUAGCCAUUGCAGAAUGGUCUUUGUUCAGGUUCCAAAUUUGUAAUCGAGAAUUUGUCCAAAUAUGUUUCGAAGCGUAGUCGCCAAUUUGAAAUUAGUGCCGUAAAGCAUGAGAAAGCUGCCUUCUGAUUGGUCAUUCCAUUGGUCGCUCAAAGUUUGCGCAAGGUCGGUCUGACGUGACCCGUAAUGGGAUGUCCUCAGAUCUUUGUUCAGUGGUAGUGAGAACUAAGAUCUGAUUUUAAUGAGAUUGGAUGAUGAUGUAAUGAGACUCGGUGCCGUCUUUCACUGAAGUCACUGAAUGCCAAAUCUACAAGGGAAGUAACUCUUCACUGACUACAGUAUUUCCUUAUGUUGACCAAAGUUUUCUGAACACAUGACAAUAGCUGUGUUUGUAUUUUAUCACGUAGAUAUGUUUACACAUUCCUGUUUGUGUGGGAGUAGUAUUAGCAUUCUGAUAGCUGCAGAUAAAAUUGAAGGGAAAUUCACAUAAGUAUGGAUCUCAUAUGACAGUCAUACAUGUAGGGGUAGUUUCUCAAAAAAUACUACCCUCACCAACAAAUAUUAUUUUUUAUAAUUGUAUUAGCAUUAAGUCUUGUACUGUAGCGCCGUUGCAUUUUGUUUAGUAUUUGGAAUGGGGGCUUGUCAUUACUGUUAGUUUGCUCCAGCAUGUUUUAUCAUGUUGAAAUUGUAAAUUACAAUGUAUAUAUCAUGUCACAGGUUUGACAUUUGUAAAUAAAGAAUUAUACUCUG